UUGUGUCCUCUGAGAAGAAGAAAGCAGCUGUCUGAUCCUCCUGCUGCAGACUGACUGAACUAAUGUGUUACUAACAUGGACUAAACAGGGAGGUGGAGCGCUGUUUCGUCUCAUUUGGACCAAAUGUUGACAGUCAGGUGCAUUUUGAAAACAUCUGCCAAGUGUCUGAGCUCUCUCCCAGUCAGGAGGCGGCGGAGCAACCUGCAGAACAGUUGCAGGAUGUCGACUUGUCCUCGCCCGGUGGCGGCGGUGUGUCAGGUGACAGCCACCCCGGACAAACAGGCCAACCUCUCCGCCUGUAAACAGCUGGUGGAGGAAGCCAAGGAGCGAGGGGCCAGCAUGGUGUUCCUGCCCGAGGGCUUCGACUACAUCGGGUCGAGCCGAGAGGAGACGCUGUCGCUGUCUGAGAGCCUGACGGGAAACACCAUCUCACAGUACACACAGCUGGCCAGGAAGUUGGAAGUGUGGCUGUCUCUUGGAGGAUUUCAUGAACGAGGACACGACUGGGAGUCAGACAGACGAAUCUACAACAGUCACAUCAUAAUCAACGAUAAAGGUGACAUCAUCUCAGUCUACAGGAAGUCUCAUCUGUUUGAUGUGGAACUGCCAGAAAAAGGCGUUUCCCUUAAAGAAAGUGCCUUCACCAUCCCUGGACCCGCCCUCGUGCCUCCAGUCCAGACUCCCAUCGGCAAGGUGGGCCUGGGGAUCUGCUAUGAUCUGAGGUUCCCUGAGUUAUCUGUGGCCCUGCAGCGGUGUGGAGCCGAGGUUCUGACGUACCCAUCAGCCUUCACCGUCGCCACAGGAGCUGCUCACUGGGAGGUGUUGCUGCGUGCCCGGGCGGUGGAGACUCAGUGUUUCGUCCUGGCGGCGGCACAGGUCGGCCGGCACCACGAGAAGCGCUCGUCGUACGGCCACGCCCUGGCGGUGGACCCGUGGGGCGAGGUGCUGGGGGACUGUGGAGCGGAGAAACCAGGCGUGGUGCUGGUGGAGAUCGACCUGGAGAAGCUGAGCAGCACCAGGAGGAACAUGCCGGUCCAGCAGCACCGCAGAGACACCAGAUUCUACCACAGCCUGGACACGACCUGACGACAACAUCAAACUCUUUUUGUCCCGCUGCUUCACUUCAUUUGAUUCUGAUUAAUGAGAAGAUUACAGAGGAAUUAUUAUUAUCAGCUUGUUUAUUAAAGAUGGUAGAAACUUCAGUUUACUGUGUGAGAAAAUGAGAAUACAAACUUGUUAAAUGAAGCUGUAAAUUAACCCGUGAGGCCUCUUUAAAAUGAACGUACACUUAGACUCCUUGGGACCCAAAUUGGGCCCUCCCAUACAUGUGCCAUAAAAAGUGAUAUAUAUUUAAAAAAAAUGUUCACUUUUACUGCAUCAAACCUUUUAGCAACUUCUGACCUAACCAUAGAUAUUAUAUUUUUUUAAUUUAUUUUUCAUUUUUUAUGUUUGUAUUCCCUUUUUCUCAUAAGAACCCUGAUUUUUCAAGGGCAAAAACACAAAAUAUGCAAUAUUUUCAAAAAUAAGGUGCAAAGUGGAAUAUUUGGGGUGAGGUUAUUACAGCCUUGACCAGGUCAAUAAUUGAUAACAAUGUUGAUUUUUACGCAUUGUUAUUUUUGGAGCUAUGAAAGUUUAUUCGACUUAACUUUACACCCUUAGGUCCCAAAACGGUCCCUCUCAUAAAAGUGUAAUAAAAAUGUGAUACAUUCAUUAAAUUAAUCAAAAAUUAAAAGACAUGCAUUCCUAACAAAAAUAAAAAUAAAUGGGUACAUCUUAAAGUAAUAAUGAUAAUAAUAAUUAAUGAAUUAAUAUAAAAUGAUAAGACAUGCAUUCCUUAUUUGUGACGCAUUAUGAGACUCAAAAUAAUAUUACAUUUAAAAUAAAACAACUUUAAAAUGUAGCUUUGUAAAUAUGAAAAAAUACCAUAAGAACUAAAAGUUAAUAAUAAACACAUUUAAAACAAGUGAUGGUAUUUUACAAAUUGAUUUUUUUUAUUAUUAAUUACGUUUGUUGGAUCAGAAGUAUUUAUCUAAUUUUGUUUGUGAUGCAGAAUGUAAAUUAUUGCAGCUACACAAACGUCAAAAUCUUUUAUUUAACUGAUUGAUCAGCUUUUCUUGUUUAAGUUUCUGUCAUUACUUUAGUAGAUAAUCUAUUUUUUAAUCAUUGAAACUCACUCAAAAUCAAGAAAAUCAGCUCAGACCUCAUGAACCUGUGAUUGACAUUAACUGUACUGGUCGGUAGGUGGCGCUGUUGGGUCGUAACGAGAUAAUAAACAAGAGGAAACAUUCCCUUUGUAGUUAAAUGACAGACAUGCAUUAACCUGUGGUACUGAAUAAAUUCCUCUGUAACUUUUCUGUGAUUUAAUUGAAUACUGUUACUGCUGAGAUAUUAAAAACAUCUGAAAACAU